CAAUACAAUACAAUAACUUUGAUAAUAAUGAUAUUUGAAUCAUUAUUACAGUUAUUAUUAUUAUUAUUACUUUAUUCAUGUAUAUCUCUUGUCCAUUGUCAAACUUUAACCAAUCCUGCUAUUGGUCAAUUCCCUAUUAGUUUUUCCUCUACUACUAGUACAACUCGUAUUUUUGACUCAUCCGAUGCCAGAGUAGCUCAAGCUCAAGAAUUUCAAACUGUUUAUCUUGUCAAUCCAACUGAUCCAAAAGCUUUACCAGUUAUGGACUUUAGAGAAGGUUGUGAUAAUACAACUACUAUAAUGGAUUUACAACAAUGGAAUGGAAAUGGUGUCAAUGUUAUAACUGGUAUUAAAAGUACUAGUAAAGUAGCCUUAGUUAAACGCGGUAAUUGUUCUUGGUCUCAAAAGGUCAAGACAAUCACUCAACUUUCCACCACAUAUCAACUGAACGUCACCACUUUAUUGAUAUACAAUAACGAAACUUCUUCUUCAGCACAUAGUUAUACUUUAUUACCUGCAACUGGUACAACCACUGUACCUGUUUAUUCUUCCAAUUCUAUUGCAACUCAAGAUAAUAUUACUACUAUGAAAGAUAAUGAUAUCAUACAAAAUCAAACUAUUAUCAUCAAUCAACCCAAUAGUAUAUUUUAUGUUACUCAUGAUUAUGGUACUGACCUUUUGACUUGGAUGACAAAUUGUUUUCAAUCUAUCUCAACACAAACAAAUGGUGCUCCUACAACUUAUAUGACCGUGGUUCUUUUGACAAGUCCGUUUUCUUGGGCUGCUACUUUAGGUGAAGAUGGUAGUCCAAAUUUUCUUAGUUGGAUUAUUGCAUUAGCAGCAUUCUUCUUGAUUGCAAUCAUUGGAUUAUUGCUCUUCUUUCGAUGGUGGCGUGCAAGACAACAAAGAGAAGAUUUAGAAUACAAUGCUAUGUUAGAAGCAAGGAACAUGAUCAUGUUACAAAGAAGAAAGAAACUUAAACCAUUACCAGUAGAUUUGGUCAAUUCAUACCCAAUUCAAAAUUAUCAAGUCAAUGUUAUCAAGAACACAAGUUGUGCUAUUUGUUUAGAUGAUUUUGAAGAAAAUCAACCCGAUAUUCGUGUGUUACCUUGUGGUCAUGGUUUUUGUGUAUUAUGUAUUGAUCCUUGGCUCACUCAAAAAUCAACACUUUGUCCUAUUUGUAAAUAUGAUUGUUUACCUCCUGAAUUGAGGGAAAAUGAUGAUAACAAUGAUGAAAAUCAAGGCGAUCAAACAGUAGUAGGAUCACAUACCGAUGUCACCAAUCAUAUUAACAACACUACUACUACUACAACUACAACUACAACAGCAGAUGAUGACAACAAUACGAUGGAUAACCGUUGUCAAUAUGAAGAAUCGACGACAAAUCAGGAUACAGCAAUGACAAUAAAUCAUUUGACAACAAAAGAAGAAAGUACAAUUACAUCCAGUAGUGCGAUAUCCUCAACAUCAACAUCAAUAUUAGAAAAACCUCAUGUUGAAAUAAACCAAACAACAGAAUCAUCGUCACCAUCAUCUGCGACUGUUACACCUAUUGUAUCUACCAAUGAUCAUCAAGAAGAUAUGACGAAGAAGAGUUAGUUGAUUUUUUUACCCUUUUUAUAAGUUUUGUAUUUUAUUACUAUAGUGUAGAAUUGUUAUUUAUUUAUUUAUUUAGUUAUUUAUUUUUUGUUUAUAUUAUAUAUUGUACAUGUAUUAUCAAUAAAACGAUACAAUUCUAUUUUUA